AUGGAUACGGAGAAUAUAACCCCCGUCAAAGGGGCCACGGAGCGCCCGGAGUCGUUGGACAAGUUCUCAGAAACACCAGAGCUACAGCAAGAUGGUGUCCAAAUCGCCGACGCAGUCACAACCACAUGGACUCGCAAACAUUUGAUUGUUGCUUAUGCUAGUAUGUGGCUGGUGUAUUUCGUCAACAAUCUCAACAGCAGUCUCACCCUAAAUCUGUCGGCUUAUAUUACGAGUGGCUUUUCGGAGCACUCGCUGUUGACCGUGAUUUCAGUUGUUACUAGCGUCAUGGGUGCUGCGUGUUUGAUGCCCGUCGCCAAAGUCCUGAAUCUUUUUGAUCGAACUGUCGGAUUCGUGAUCAUGCUUUCCAUUGCAAUUAUGGGUUUGAUUAUGAUGGCUGCUUGUAACAACAUUACCACAUACUGUGCUGCACAGGCAUUUUAUACUGUUGGAUUUUCCGGCGCCAUUUUCUGUAUCGACGUGAUAACCUCAGACACCUCGUCGCUUCGUGAUCGAGGUCUUGCCUAUGCUCUCACCUCGUCUCCUAGUAUGAUCACUGCCUUUGCGGGCUCGCCUUUAUCGAACCAAUUCCACGAAACCAACUGGCGAUGGGCGUACGGCACAAUUUGCAUCAUUCUCCCUAUCGCUGCGGCACCCUUGAUUGUGACCUGGGAAUUGGCCAAGAAAAAGGCCGGCAAGAACGGUCAAUUACAAUACAAGGAGAGGACAACACGAACCUUGGGAGAAACCAUUCGGUACUACGUCCUGGAAUUUGAUGUCAUCGGAAUCUUCCUAAUGAUCGCCGGCACGAUUCUUUUCCUGACAUCUUUCAAUAUCGCCGGCAACACUGAAGGCCAAUGGCAAUCGCCCAAAAUCAUUGCUAUGAUGGUUGUUGGAUUCUGUGUUCUCGUGGCAUUCGUCGGUUACGAGCGAUGGCUGGCCCCGAAGCCCUUCAUUCCAUUCCAUCUGAUCCGCGACCGCACUGUCAUUGGCGCAUGUCUCCUGGAUAUCACCUACCAGGUCUCUUAUUACUGCUGGGCCAGUUAUUUCACCUCCUACCUCCAAGUCGUCUACAACACAAGUCUGACGCAGGCCGGUUACAUCAGCGCCAUCUUCGAUUUCAUGGACCCGGUUUGGCUUAUUGGCUGUGGCUUCCUCAUCAGAGCAACUGGUCGCUUCAAGUGGCUUCUCUGCGCCGCCGUGCCUCUCUACCUCCUGGCAAGCGGUCUGAUGAUCUACUUCCGCCAACCCGGUCACAACGUUGGAUAUAUGUGCAUGUGCCAGAUCUUCCUCGCAGUAGGUGGUGGAACAUUCAUUCUGAUCGAGCAGGUUGCUGUUCUUGCUGCGGCCGCCCAUGAAGACUACGCCGCCAUGUUGGCACUUCUCAGCACGUUUGGAUACAUUGGUGGCGCCGUUGGUAGCAGUGUUUCUGGUGCUAUCUGGACAAACACGCUCCCCGCCAAGCUGCGCGCAAACCUGCCAAUCGAAUUGAAGGACCAGUGGGAGGAGAUUUACGAGUCGUUGGACGUCCAGCUUAGUUAUGCGGUUGGUUCGCCUGCUCGCAUUGCUAUCCAGAAUGCCUAUGCAUUCAGUCAGCGAAACAUGAUGAUUGCCGGUACCGCGGUAAUGGGACUGUCCAUUGUCUGGGUGCUCAUGAUGAGAAACAUCAAGGUUGAGUCCGCCAAGGAUCUUUCCAAGGUGCUUUUCUAG